AUGGCAGCCAGCAGCAACACACCGGUGCACGUCGGCGACCCACUAGUGGCGCUGCACCUGCCGUCGUACGUCGACGACCGGGCGCCGGGGAGCUACUUCCCCAACCCGCGCGCCGAUGGACCCUCGGCCUUCAUGACGUGGGCCUACGUCAUCCGCGUGCUGUCCCAUGGCGAUCUGGACCAGCUGUUUCGCGAUCCGGUCUGCGAUACCGCCUACCGCGCGUUUGCGCCGUCGGUGCGCGCGCAGUACGAUGGGCUGGAAAACUACAUCCGCACCGUGCGCCUCGGGUGGCCCGCCGAACAGCACACGGGCCCCGCUGCACCCAACAUGCUCGACCGCCCCGCCAAAGACCCGCUCUCCAUCCUUGGCGCUGCGGCUGCUGCGGCUGGAGGCGCUUCGGGAGUCAGCACGCCCAACGGCACGCGUCUGCCGGUAGAAGCGGUACGGGAGACAUGGCCGGAGAAGGUACUGCCGCAUCCGUUGCGGCCGGGGAUUGUACUGCGCCACUUUGUCGAGGAUGCAGAUCGCGCUGGCGAGGCGGGCGAGAGCUUGGUCAAGACCAUCCCGAACGACUGGCCGUACGGUAUUCCGGCGGGGAGCACACACUGGGUCGUGUGGUCCAAGCUGCCCAUUCUGCACCCUUCGCUCUUCUCGACUCCGGACACUCCGUUCGACGAGUCGAUGCGUGAGGAGCUCUACAGCUGCGUUACGGGCGAUGGCAUCCGCGGCUUCACUGGCUUCGUUCCUGCCGACCACCCAACAUACGUGUCGUGGAGCGGAGCCGACAAGCCGCGCGUCGUCGAGAUCCUCGGCUCGUACUCGCAGGCCAAACUUGCGGCGCAGGACGCGGAUGCCCAGGCGCCCAAGCACGUGCUGACCAAGGAGCGCAUCAGCCAGGCCCACGCCUGGGCCUCAAGGCAUGUCACGAGGUAUAUCGAGGCCCAGUGGCCAAGCGACAGGUUCGUCACCGCGUGGUUCUGCAACCCCCCCGCAUUGCGCACUGUGCCCGGGUUGAGCCAUUUUCAUGUCAUUGUGAGGGAGCGCGCUGCCACACCAGACCUGCAGUCGAGCUGA